AGCUCUUGCGCCCGAUGCCAUCAACGUGGACGUGCCAACACAUGCAAUCGAUCGAGCCCGACGUGGAAACAUUAAAAUAAGCCCAUGCACGGCUUGCCGUUCCGAGCGACGCAACUGCAUGCGGAGAUCACAAAUUGUCAACCGCCCCGACUGAUCCACCUCACCUAAUCUAUACUCAUCCCAUCAGCGCUUGUGUUUAUAUAAACGCAAGAGGAAGCCAGAGCUAAAUGCACUUCAAACAGAGCGGAGAUCGUAAAUAAGAGAGACAGUUUAACUAGUUUAGACUCGAUGGAAGCCGCGGCGGAUGAGCAAGGAGCAGUUGUAGUAGUAGCGCCGCCGGCGCUGCCGCUGACGGUGCGGCUGCAGCUGGCGGGGCUGACGGCGGCCAUCGACGCCGUGGAGCGGGCCGACGGCACCGUGAGCCGCUGCCUCUACUCCGUCGUCGACCGCCUCCUCAGCGCCCGCGCCCGGACAGCCUCCGGGGUGCGCUCCCACGACGUCGACCUCGACGCCUCCCGCAACAUCUGGGCGCGCGUCUUCUCCCCGGCCGCCGCCAACGCUCAUCCUCCUUCGGCGCCGCUGCCGGUCGUCGUGUACUUCCACGGCGGCGGCUUCGCGCUCUUCUCCCCAGCCAUCGGCCCGUUCAACGGCGUCUGCCGCCGCCUCUGCAGCGUCCUCGGCGCCGUCGUCGUGUCCGUCAACUACCGCCUCGCGCCAGAACACAAAUUCCCCGCCGCCUACGACGACGGCGUCGACGCGCUCCGCUUCCUCGACGCCCACGACGGCACCAUCCCCGGCCUAACAUCCAUGGCCGUCGACCUCGGGAGCUGCUUCCUGGCCGGGGAGAGCGCCGGCGGCAACAUAGUGCACCACGUGGCGAACAUCUGGGCCUCGCAGCACCAGCGCACAUCCCGCCACGUCAGACUCGCCGGGAUCUUCCCCGUGCAGCCCUACUUCGGGGGCGAGGAGCGCACGCCGUCGGAGGUCCGGUUAGAAGGAAUCGCGCCCGUGGUGAACCUCCGGCGGUCGGACUGGUCUUGGAAGGCGUUCCUGCCGGCGGGGGCCACCAGGGACCACCCGGCGGCGCACGUGACGGACGACAACGCGGGGCUGGCGGAGGAAGGGUUCCCGCCGGUGAUGGUGGUGGUUGGCGGGUUUGACCCGUUGCAGGACUGGCAGCGGCGGUACGCCGACGUGCUGCGGCGGAAGGGGAAGAGGGUCACCGUCGCGGAGUACCCCGACGGGUUCCACGGGUUUUACGGGUUCCCGGAGUUGGACGAUGCGUGGAAGGUGUUGGAGGACAUGAAGGCGUUCGUCGAGAGCAACAGGGCGGUGGCGCCGCCGGCGAAAUUACCUGACGCUGAACGGUGAGGAAUGAUCCGAGCUCCGAGCAUUAUUAUCGAGUGGUGCGCUGGCGAGGAAUUCAUUGGUCGGUUGGUUGGUACAGUACGUGUGUGUGAUGAUCUGCUUGCGAUGCGUGGGAAACGCGGGAGUUGAGUUGAAUAAGAGUUUGUUGAUUUGUUGAUUGUGAAGUGAGUACACUGAGUAGUACCAUGUGAGGUUUGACUUGUGAUCCAGAACUGGGCAAUGUGCUGCGUGAUUCAAUCAAGCAUAUGGGACAUGAACCAUUGGAAGUUUUUAAGUGUAUCAUUUAAGUUUAGUGUUUGUUGACCCGUGGGAUCUGCGAGAUUGUUAAACAAAAUAAUUUUAAUAAUAUUUAUAAAGUUGAUUCA